AUGCGCCGGUCCGCGUCCGCGCCCGUCGUCGCCGCGUCCUCCGCGCCGGUGGAGACGCGCGCGGAGUACUACUCCCUCAUCGUGAACGCGAUCAACGACGCGGCGGCGAAGGCGCCGCCGCCGAACCGCGCGCUGCCGCCGCCGCCCUCGUUCGCGUCGUCCUCGUUCGCGGCCGAUCGAUACUCGCGCGACGGCAGGUGGACCGUGCACGCGAUAUCGGACGUCCACGCGGACAUGAAGGACAACAUGCGCUGGGCGAAGAGGCUGCCGAGGUACCCGCCGAGGCACGCGCUGAUCGUCGCGGGGGACGUCGCGACCGCGGUCGACUGCAUCGCGGCCACAUUGCGAGCGUUCAAAGAAAAGUUCGAGGAGGUGUUUUACGUCCCGGGGAAUCACGACCUGUGGUCGCCCGCGCCGCCGAACGACUGGAGCCACGCCGGGCACCCCGCGAACUCGAUCGGGAAGCUGCGGCACAUCGUCGACGUGUGCGCGUCGCUCGGCGUGCGCGUCGCGCCGACGAUACUUCCGGGCGCGGCGGGCGGUAAAAGCGCGCUCGAGGAGGAAACGCCGGAGGCGUCUCAGUCGUCGGAGUCCGAGGAGGAGGAGGACUACUUCGGGAAGAUCGGCGGGUCGAGGCGACGGACCAAGGAAGACACGUUAGCGAAAUCUAAUACUCCGCCAUCCAAUGAAACCGUGCCAGCUGCGACGACGGCGGCGAGCACGGACCAAUCACCGAACGACGUGUUGAUCCUCCCGAUGCAGUCGUGGUACAAGUCCACCUUCUACGGCGGCGACCAUCCGACGGACUCGUUCCACGGCCGCGAGGACGACGAGACGUUCUCCUCGCGCGAGAAGCACUUCGACGUCGGAUGCUGUUGGCCGCCCGCUAUCGGGUACGCGAACGAGCCGCGGAACUCGCACGCGAGAGGCAUCGCGGACUUCUUCCUGCGGUGCAACGAAGGCAUCGGCGCGGCUGGGACGAAACGCGUCGUCCUCGAUCGCGUCGGCGUCCCUCCCGCGGUCCCGGAGAGCUCCGUCGACGUCGUGUCCUUCUCGCACUUCAUCCCGCACCCGCGCCUGUAUCGCGGGCAUCCGCGCCUGUCCAAGGUUAUGGGCUGCGAGGAGCUCGGAGCGCAGGUGAGGGAGCUUCGGAGCGUCUGUCACGUCUUCGGGCACUCGCACAUGGACGUGGACGAGGUGAUCGGAGGGUGUCGAUACGUGCAGUGCGCGUUGGGGUAUCCGAACGAACGGUGGGGGGGAAGUGUGACGCCGACGAAGGUGUGGCCGCGCGGGCGGAGACGCGAGACGUCAGCAUGGGCGGAUGUUGACUCGUGGAGCUCCUGA